UCCGGCUCCGCGACGACGCUCCGCGACGACGCCGCUCGGCUUGAAGGCGCGCCUCGCCCUCCCCGUCAUGUGACAGGGCGGAGGUCCGCGACGUCGCGCGCGCGCCCUGCGUGCGUGUCCAAGUGUUGUGUUUGUGACAUGUGUAUGGCGCGGCCAAGGACUGUCUGACGGCCCGUCACUGUGCAGAGUGCGAUGCGCACAGUACGUCGUUAAAAAAUAGUUCUCAGCAAAGUGAAUUCUGUUUGCCUAAGUGAUGCGGGAGUGAGUGCGACACGUAGCCGAGACCAGCGCCAAGCCCGCCAGGCCGGGAAGCGCCGUGGUGCCGGCCAGCCUUGCCGGCCAGCCUUAGCCUUGCCCGCAUGGGAAAGAUGCAACGGAACACGUCGAUGAUGAGAACGACCAGCAACGGAGGGAUCCACCACAACCACGUGAACCACGUGAACCACAACCACGUGAACCACACGAACCACGUGAACCACGGGAACCACGUGAACCACACGAAUCACGUGAACCACGGGAACCACAACCACAUCAAGAGCAAUGGGCACGCCCACACAAACGGCGGGCCUCAAGCGAGGCAUUGGGUGAACGGCGGCGUCCACAAGCCGGACGACAAGCAGUCCACGCUGUCCAGGUACUGGACGACGGAGCGGCCGCGGGCGACGCUCAGCGACUACGAGACGAUCCGGCGGUCGUGCCGGGAGCGCGGCCGGCUGUUCGAGGACCCCGAGUUCCCGCCGGGCAACCGGGCGCUGUACCACCACAAGAAGCCGCCGCUGCAGCCCAUCGUGUGGAUGCGGCCGCACGAGAUGUGCCAGCGGCCGCGCUUCCUCGCCGACGACCUGGCCGGCCUGGCCGGCGACCACCCCGGCCGCGGCCCCGCCGGCCCCAACGGGCAGCUGCACUCGCCGGGCCCGCGCUUCGACGUGGAGCUGGGCGAGCUGGGCGACCCAUGGCUGCUGGCGGCCGUGUCGUCGCUCACGCUCACGCCCCGCUUCCUGGAGAGGGUCGUGCCGCCCGACCAGAGCUUCGACAGCGCGCACUACGCGGGCAUCUUCAGGUUCCGGUUUUGGCACUUCGGCGAGUGGGUGGACGUGCUGGUGGACGACCGGCUGCCCACGCACAAGGGCCGCCUGGUGCACAUGCACUCCUCCAACAGCACCGAGUUCUGGGCCGCGCUGCUCGAGAAGGCCUACGCCAAGUGGUACGGCAGCUACGAGGGCCUGCAGUGCGGCAUGACGACGCGCGCGCUGCAGGACCUGACGGGCGGCAUCGUGCAGAGCUUCGGACUGUCCAGCCAGGACAGGUACCUCACCUUCCAGGUGCUCAACAGCGCCGUGCCGCGGUCCUCCCUGCUCAUCGCCUGCAUCCAGCCGGAGAAGGAGAACAAGCGGCAGCUGCGGCUGCGCAACGGGCUGCUGACGCAGCACGCGUACUCGGUGACGGGGCUGGCGCGCGUCCGCGGCCCGCUGGGCGAGACGCCGCUGGUGCGGCUGCGGAACCCCUGGGCGCGCGGCGAGUGGACGGGCGCCUGGAGCGAGCGGUCCUGGGAGUGGGACGGCCUGUCCGAGCGCGACAAGGAGCUGCUCUCGGUGCGCGUGCGCAACGACGGCGAGUUCUGGAUGUCCUUCGACGACUUCGCGCGCCACUUCACGCACCUGGACCUGGUGCACGUGGGCCCCGACGACUGGAUGAGCGAGCCGGCGCUGCACUCGAAGCAGCCCUGGCGCGCCGUGCUGGCCAGGCGGCGGUGGCGCGCCGGCUACAACGCGGGCGGCGGCCCCGCCUACACCGACACCACCGCCAUGAACCCCCAGUUCCACAUCCAGAUCCCGCGCUCCGCCUCCAACAAGUGCCACGUGGUGGUGUCGGUGACGCAGUUCUACGAGCCCACGCCCGCCGCCCCCGAGACCAAGAAGAAGAAGCGCCUGUUCGCCAUCGGCUUCGCCGUGUACGAGGUGCCGCACGCCAUGACGAGGCUCAGCCCGCAGUUCGUCAUGGAGCAGCGGCCGUUGGACGUGACGAACCACUCGGUGGCCCGGGAGGUGGCCACGUUCUUCACGCUGCCGCCCGGGGACUACAUCGUGGUGCCCCAGACGGAUCGGCCCGGCCAGGAGGGCAAGUUCCUCCUGCGCAUGCUCACGGACGAGCACUCCAACAUCUGGGAGGUGAACGAGGACAACAUGGUCUUUCGGAACAUUUCCGCCGAGUUUUUAGAGGAGCCCAUCUUGCUGCCGGACGGGCGGUCGCUCAUUGGAAAACUUCUAGUCAAAUACCCGCCUGAAGUGGACGUCGCGCUGCUGCAGAAAAUACUCAAGUCACACUGGAGAGCGUACCUCGCCGAGAAGCCCAGCCUGGAGCUGUGCAAGAGCCUCAUCAUGCUGAGGGACUACAACAUCAGCGGCAGGAUCAGUCUCGGCGACAUCCCGGUGCUCAUGCACAUGCUCCACUUCUGGAAACUGGCGUUCCAGAAGUUCGAGCAGCACAGCACCCGCACCUCGUCGUACAACCUCAGGCCGCUGCUGUGGGAGGCGGGCUCCACCGUCUCCAACAAGGUGCUGGAGUGCCUCGUUCUGAGGUUCGCCCGCAGGCAGCUCAUCAGCGCCGAGGGCUUCGUCAUGGCCAUGGUCCGCCUGCACCUCGCCCACGAGAGGUACCACAGUCUGGACACGAAAAUGAAGGGAAACCCGCUGUCACUUGAAGAGAUGAUCCUGAUGACGAUUUAUUCAUGACUGCGGGGCCGCGGGGAUCGCAGUUAUAUUCCGAGAAGGAAAGUGAUGUGAUGUGUGCCGAGAAUGGCAUUCGUAGCUCAAUAAUAGUUAAGUAAGCGUGAGGUGAGGUGUUGGGAAACAUCUCACUAAAGUGUCCUAAAUGCCAAAGAAAAUCGUUAUUGAGAAUGUUAUAAUUGUUAUUGUUUUGUCAGUCAAAUCAGAGUAUUAUAAAUCACAGAGUAUUUAAUUAUGAACAAUUUACAUAUAAUGAAGAUGUGAGUGAUAAAAAUGACGUGUAUCUAAUGUAUAUAAUAAUAUAUUUAAAUUAAAUCGUUGUUAUCGAA